AUGGCCAGCGGUCAAAAGAUAGCGAAAACUGUAGUCGAUAGGCGGUCACAAAUACCAUUGGUACACUGGAUCAAAAGUAAGUUGUUCGGGGUCUAUCGACAAGACAUAACACCGCCGCCUGGACCGUACACUGCAGAUGGAAAGUGUGUCUUCCGAGAUCCAAAUCGAUAUGUUGAUGAAAUGUCUGCAAGAGAUCAGCCACCGCCGAAAUUACCGCCCGGAGUUAACCAUCGAUUGUCAGGUGUUGCAUAUUUUGAAAGGGAUGCCAGGCGAAGUGUAACUCCUCCGCUCGUUGUGUAUGAUUUUGAUAGUAAAGUCGGAAAAAGGUUUGUUUUUUAUAAUACUGAUGAAAGCUUUAUCAACAAAGGUCCGGAUAAUAACUUCGGGUUGAAUGCGCCAACACCAGGAACAGGAUUAGAGUGGAGAAGAAAUAAAGCGGAGGAGCUCAACACUCAGAAGCGUUCUGAAUUUCUAGAUUAUUUAGAAAAAUUUGAUCGGUAUGCGAAAGCACAUUAGGG